AUGAACACCAAAAAUAAUCAAGUUGUAGCAAUCAAAGUGAUAAGUUUUCAAUAAUUAAUCACUCCAAUAUCUAAGAGCUUACUUAAAAAUGAAAUUCAUGUAUUGAGUUUAAUUGAUCAUCCUAAUUUAAUGAAAAUUUACGAAACAUUUGAAACAAAAAAUAAUAGAUAUUUGAUUUGCGAAUAUUGUAACGAAGGUGAUUUGGCUUAAAUUUUAGAAUCUAAAAAAUUCACAGAAACAUAAUCCUUGGAGGUGUUCCAAUAAAUUGCAUAGGGAAUUAAAGCAUUACAUGAUAAAAGUAACAACUUUAUGGUAAAUUUAUUAGAAAUAAUACAUAGAGAUAUCAAGCCAGCCAAUAUAUUGAAAUCUAAUGGUUACUACAAAUUAGCUGAUUUUGGUUUUGCAGUGAUAGAGAACUAAUAUGAGAGCAUCAUCAAGAAGUUUAAUGUAGGCACUCCAAUGUAUAUGGCUCCUGAAACUGUGCAAAAUAACGUAUAUUCAGAAAAAUCAGAUAUAUGGGCUUUAGGAAUUGUGUUAUUUUAGAUGAUAUAUCAUCAGUUACCUUAACUUUCUAAAUAGGAACAUGACUUAAACAAGAAGCACUAAUUUUUGAUCAACAAAAUAAAAAAUGACACAGAAACGUCUCAAAAGACUAAAGAACUAAUGCUCAAUAUGCUUAAUUUUGAUCCAGAAAAACGAAUCUCUAUAAAUGAAGUCAUUGCUAAUGUGCCAAUGCAAUCUAAGAAAAUAUCAACACUUCAACAUCACAAUAUUCCAUGUAGAUCAAUUAAAACUAGUUCUAUUUCUCAAGACUUAUAAUAAUCAAGAUAAUAAUUAAAUGAUUAAACAUCAAAUAAUAAAUAAUUUUCAAUUUAAUAAGAACACACAAUCGAAAAUUAACUUAAGCAUCCAUAAUUGUUUAAAUCAACAGAAUUGAAUAAUUGUUAGAAUGCGGAUACAAAAAAAGUUAUAAAAAUAAAUUAAGUGGCUUAGCAUUUAGAUGCAAAUGACAAACUGUCUGAUUUCACAAUUUAGAACUCUUAAAACUAAAAUUAAUUUAAAGGAUAAACAAUCAAAGUUUCUUACACGGAAAAAAUAGAUACAAUACCAAAACAGUUUCUAUAAUCCCCAAUCAAAUUUUAUAAUUAAUAUAAUGAGUCCAGACUUAAAACAUAAAAAUCGCUUGAAUUAUUAGAAAUCUCAAAUCAAGAUAAAGAAAAGAUAUCUUCAAUUAAGAUACCUGUAAUCAAACAACAUGAAUUUAAUAAUUUAAAAAGGGAUUAAACAAAAUAAGGCAAUUCUAUAGAUGAAAGCGAAUGUAUUUAACAUAGCAAUUAAAAUAGCACCAACGACACCAUAAAACAUAAUUAAUUUUCAAAUUGUCAAUAAAUCUUAUCAGAAAAACAUUAAAUACUGGAUAUUCAAUUACAUUUAACAAAACCAUCAUUUUCUAUUCAAAACAACAAUUCUAUUUAGUAAAAGAAAUCACCUGUUAGGAUUACUCAAUCAUAAUAAACCAUCAUCACUUCGCCUUUCAAAUCUUCUGCUGUUAGCUUAUCAAGAAAUUAGUAAGAUACUAAAAAAAAUUAUUAUUUCUAAUCAAAUACAUCCUCCUAAUUGAAUUAAUAUUCAUUUUAGCCAAAGUAGAUGUCAAAUGUGAUUAAUGAAAAAUUCACAAGCGAUUUUACUUCCAAUUAUUAAGAUGAUAAAGCGGAAUUUCUAUCUGCAUCAAUAAGGCCUACUUAUAAAUUUUUAGAGUACAUAAAUAAUGUAAUUAAAUAAUUUGAUUGCAUCAAUACAGAAGAUAAAUAAAAAUGCUACUUUUUAAUUAGAAAACUAAUAGGAAUUAAAGCUACUUAUAUUUAGAACUAAUUUCCGACUAUUAAACAAGAAAUUAUUAAAGGCUGGAUAGAUGGCUUUUUAAUUUAUUAUUCUAAAAUUGAAUCUGUAUUCUAUAUUUCUCCAGAUAAAUAAUUUGAAUAAUUUUUCAAUAAAGAUUUAUCUGAAUUUACACUCAGCUUCUCUUAAUUAUUAUUACAUUAUUUGCGAAGAAUCAAUAUAGUUAAAUUACAAAAAGAGUUCGAAAUAAUAUAAGAAGUUUUAUUAGAAAAUCAAAAAUAACAUAAUGAUCCUAUUCUAUUUGCCAGAAGAUGGGAAAACGACUAACUUUGA